AUGUAUUGCUUCCCCAUCGAAUCUUUUCAUAUUAGCUUAAAAAUUUAUUUGUAUCGAUGUUGUUAGUUAGUUUCUUCAUGUUCGAAUAAGGUCGGAGCAAUAUAGCUCACAUUAGCUUAGGUUAAAUUAAUGUAUUGCUCUCUUAUCGGAUCAUUCCAUAAUAGCUUACAAAAUUAAUUUGUAUCAAUGUCUCUGCCACGAGACUGUGCCACCCAAAUCCCCAGGGCCGCAACCUCGUCUCCUCUCAACGAUGAAUCGGAUGCGGCUAUAUGUAUGUGGGAUGGGGCUACAAGAAGAGGGUCGCAUUCUGCUAGGGGAUGGUGGAAACCCUUUUGGCACAAGGUGUCCAGUUUUUAGGCAUUGACGACCCAAUGGUGGCAGAGUUGCUUACACUUCGUGAGGCUGUGUCUAGGUCUAUAGGUAUUGGUUUUACGGAAAUGAGUUUUGAAGGUGAUGCUAAAGUGGCGAUUGAGAAAAUUUUGUGUGGCGAUGCUGGUGACAACCAAGUAGGGGCUAUUCUGGAAGAAGUUAUUCGUUUGCUUGGUUUGAGAACGGGUUUUAGUUUGCGAUUUGUAGGUCGGAGUAGCAAUAGGAUAGCUCGUGUGGUAGCUACAAAGACCUUGUCCUUGUUCCCAACUGCAAGUCGUUCUUUUGAUUUUCAGAUCUGGCUGACCUCCAGAAUAUAACUAUCUAUGUUUCAAUCUAUAUAUGAUUGUCUCUGGUAAAAAAAAAAAAUUCUAGGUACCACGUGAGCUACCCAUGAGCUACCCUAGAGAGAGAAACCGAGGAGAAACACAUAACUAAACAAGUUUAAUCAGAUAGGUUUGGUGGGAGAAACACAUAACAUCAUUUAGCCCGGCCCAGUACAGCCCAAAAGGCCUUUAGUGAAAAUAAAUUCCAAAGAUGGAAAUCCCGGCCCAAAUUUUCUUUCUUCGUGGAAAAGUUCCCUCCCUUUCUAACCCGGGAAAAUUGAGUAAUAACCGUCCAUAAACCCUAGAGAGAGAAACCGGGGAAACGAUUUCUUGUCCGGCUAGCCAGCCUGAUCAUGGCCAUGCCUUCGUCCCAAAUUAAUUUCUUCCCUCGCUUCGCUUCCAGCUCCUAGAAUCCAGACUUGCGCGUCGAUUUUGGAAUCUCAAUCUCUACUGCUUCUCCAUUUUAACAUACACAUUUUCUGCGCUUACUCUGGGUUGUGGUGGGUUUGAACUUUGAAGUUUGAUCACUCUCAUUCAGUAUGCCAGAACCUCAACUUCUCGUGGACGAGUUCGUCUCCCAGCUUCGGAAACGGUGAGUUUCUUUGCACAUAAUUGCUCUGGUUAACAAGAGUUAGCAGCUUCCUCCUUUCUCAUUUCGGCAAUUAACCCUUUUUUCUCGACGGUAUUUCGAUUCUGCUUUUCCACCACUGGUCAUGUUCUUGGGGGAGAUGGGUUUUUUUCCUGAACGAGCCACUCUCGUGAUCUUGGGCAUCCAACUGAAUGAAUUGUACGAUUGGCAUGGUUUAUGGGUUAAUUCAUUUUUCUGGGUACGUUUUCAUUCCGCAUGGAAGUGGAGGGUUCGCAAGCGACAGCUCAACUAACAGCAGAGUUGCUUCGGACUGCCAUAUCUCAACUGAGGGCCGCUGAGGCUCCUGUUCUUAUUGAAACUGUGAGAAAAUUUGGCAGGGAGUUAAUUGCCGCUAAUCCCGCUGGUACGUUUCUCAGGCCUUUUCACCUCAUCUUUAGGAAACUCGCGUUUUAGUUAGAAUUUGAAGUGCCUGCUUGUGUUUCCCUGAAAUAGUGUUUAGUACUGAAAAUCCCUCUUGUCAAGAGCUUUAUGUGUUUGUUGUGUUUAUAGAUGUACAUAAUUAUAAUGGGAACUUUUGUACUUCCAGAGCUUUCUGUGGGGAACAUUGUAAGGAGGGUCUUGCGGAUCAUUAGAGAUGAAGACGUGUCAGAAGUAACAGAUGGUUCGCCAUUAGACAGUGAUAACAAAGAGGCAGCUGAUUACACAGAUGGUCAAGUUUCAAGUGCUGAUGUUUUGGCUACUAGAAGGUUGUUGCGAUCUCCUUCACUGCACCGUUUACUUGACCGUGCCCCCGGUGCACCUAUAGACGAUAUGGAAGGCAAAAGAAAAGGUAUGAUCUUAUUUGGUUAUGUAUUUCAAGCAGGAUGCUUUUAUGUUUACUAGUUUUAAGAUUCCCAGCUUUGCCCAAAUGGUUUGCAGUAGCUGCUGAUAAGAAUGCAAGAGCCUGGAGGUUGAAGCGUAAUGUGAUGGAGACAAUUAAUGAGCUUGUUGAAGAGAUAAGUAGUUGCCGUCAACAGAUUGCAGAGCGAGCAUUGGAGCUCAUUCAUCACAAGUAAAAUCGAUACCACUCUUAGGUUGAAUAGUUACUCUACACAACUAUGAGAGUUACUCUGACAAGAUCCCUUUGUUUUUCUGCAGCGAGGUGAUACUAACUUUAGGACAGUCAAAAAACCGUGAUGGAGUUUUUAUGUACCGCGAAGAAGAAAAGAUCAUUCAGGGUUUACGUUGCUGAAGGAGCUCCCAAGUACCAAGGACACUGCUUUGCGAAGGAUCUAUCUGAAGAAGGUUUUAAGACAUCUUUGAUCACAGAUUCUGCAGUAUUUGCCAUGAUUUCACGGGUGAACAUGGUUGUGGUCGGAGCUCAUACUGUGAUGGCCAAUGGUGGGAUCAUUGGCCCAGUUGGGUUGAACAUCCUCGCACUUGCAGCCAAAAAACAUGGUGUUCCAUUCGUUGUAGUUGCCGCCACUCACAAGUUAUGCCCUUUGUACCCAGAAAACCCAGUAGUUCGGUUGAAUGAACUCAAGUCGCCAUCUGAUCUCCUCCAGUUUGGAGAAUUCUCAGAAUGCAUGGAACUAGCACCAGAUAGCAGCGCUUGUGUGCUGAACGUCGUAAUCGUAAACCCUGCGUUCGAUUACGUUCCACCACCACAGCUCAUCAAUCUUUUCAUUACAGACAUAGGCGGACACAACCCUUCGUUCAUGUACAGGUUGAUUGCUGACUACUACUCUGCUGAGGAUCUCAUCCUCUGAAAAAAUUAUCAAAUUGCCAACAGCUCAAGCCGCCAAAACAAAGGCGAUCGAUCUUCUGCACUCUGAUUUGAAGAAUUAGAACAGUUUUGCCGCCUAGAUUCAACUGACUGGAAACAAGAACUUAGAUGCAUUGGACAAAUGCCGAACAGUUUGGCUGUCAUGAACGUUGAUACAUUGGACCAAUGCCU